CGCUCAGUGUGAUGUGACCAGUGGGCUCGCCCCAUCGCCCUCUCUCCCUCCACGUCAGUGACGAUCAGAGAUGGCAGCCAUGUUGAUGUUGUGUGUCCUGCUGUGUCUGCAGCCUGCAGACGCCGUCGCUGCUGCAGACUCUAAACCCCGGAGUCAGUCCGGCCCGCGGCUGCAGCUCUCGCACUCAGAGUUGAGGAACAGCUCGGCCGUCUUCUGGACCGGUGGCGUCAGCGGCGGGUACGAGACGAUGCUGCUGGACGAGGAUCGUGGUUGGCUGCUGGUCGGAGGCAAAGACCACAUCUACCUGCUGAGGCCCGACAGCCUGGAUCUGCCCACGCGUUCGGUUCACUGGCCGGCUGCCGCAGAACAUGUGGAGCACUGCAGGCUGGCGGGAAAAAGUCUGGAGACGGACUGUGCCAACUUUGUUCGGCUGCUGCAGCCUUUCAACAAGACUCAUGUCUACGCCUGUGGCACCGGUGCCUUCCACCCACAGUGCACAUACCUGCACUUAGGACACAGCGCAGAGGUAGAAGAAAUGAAGUCAUGCUUCAUACAGCCCUUUGGAAACAAAGCUGCAGAGUCUGGUUGAGACAGGAUUAGAAGAAUUUAGGUGUGACACGGCUGCGUUCCACAGAAACACCUUUGACGUCAUUUGGAGUCAGAGUCUGUGCAGCAGUGAUGGUGGAGUGGAGGCGUGGCAUCGAGGGCCACCUGAGACACAGGCUCGACCAAUCAGGAGUCAGUCUCAGCUGUCAAUCACAACGUCUCCGCCUGUUUUUA